GGCACCGUUGCAAAGGCAUUGCCUCGACCCAUAACUACUACUACUACUUCGGCUAACAAUUAUUUCGGGUUUUGGUUUGUGAGCGUUAUUAGUGAAAUUUGCCGUUGGCUGUUACAAAUUGAUCACUUUAUGAUGUUACGUCGUGGGAUUCAGAGGGCAGGUCAAUUGACCCAAAGCAUUAGGGUACGGUCCUGUUCAAGUAAAAUAACUUGGUCAACUGGAGAAAAGACUGAUCCAGCACCGCUUGACUGCCCACUGGGGAAUAAAGGUGAAUACCCAAAAAGAUUACCAGAUGGAGGCAUUGAAUACUUUGGCUUCAAAUAUUACCCAAGGCACCCUGACGCAGUUGAUCCUCCCUAUGAACCAUCACCACUCCAUUUAGUUACCAGGGUUAGAAGUCUGAAGCGUAAACCCCACUGGGAAAAGGAUAUUAUGAAGAGGUUCGGCCUUGAGAGGCGAAGUGCAGUGGCCAUAAUUAAAAACAAUCCUGAAAAUAAUGCAUAUCUAUGGAAGGUGAAGCAUCUUGUGAAAAUAGUUCCCAUAAAAUUGCCCGAAAGCUUACCGGAAGAUGCAGAUCCAAGACAUUGCUUUUUACAGGAAACAGGCGAGUUCAUUUAUAAUCCACACAUCACCGUAAAUGAAACCGACCUUGUGGAAGAUGAGGAAAUUGCAAGGACAAAAAUAUGCAAGACAUUUAUUGAUGAACAUACUCGUAAAAAUUGGGAAUAUCCUUGGCAGAUCAAACUGUGCUAGAAAUGAUUGUUCAAUUUUUUCCUUUCAAUUAAAGCUGUUUUGAUAAUAUACUUCUUUUUCAAGCUUUAUACCACUUUGGCAUCAUCAAUUGAUGUAAUAAAACAGUUCGUAUAGUAAUUUUAUUUGCAUGUAUAUUGUUUAUAAGUUGUUUGUUAAUCAUUCAAAGUGUCAGUGUAAAACAAAUGUACAAAGUGUAUUAAAGUAAAUAGGAUAAAAAAUAAAAAAGUCUAUAAUAUAU